GAGGUAAAUUUAAGCUGGUGUUGCUGGACAGCUUAAAAUUCUCUACCCCUCUCCCACCAAAAAAAAUGCACAGCAGAAGUUGGCAAAGCUCUUGUUUCUAAAACCAACAGCUGUUCACAUCCUUAUGCCUAAUUAUCACAGAGCUGGUAAAUAAAAACUUUCCUGUGGCUGCAAUUGCAAAUGGAGCUGACAUGGGGCAGGACCAGGGAAGAGAAGAGAAGCAAAAGAAAACUCUUCCCAUUUGGAUUUUUCUUCUUCUUCUGAGUCUAGCUGCAGGCUGGGAUUAAUCAAACACGGCUAACUCAAAACUUGAGAGGGAGGGAAAAAGGAGAAAGAGAACAUUUGCAUGCAAUUGAGAAGGAACGGCUUUGGAACAGUCAUGACUUGGAGACUAUUUGAAAGAUAAAUUUCAAGCAGAAUUUGUUGAUUCAACUUUAGGAGCAACAAGACUGCUAUAAGUUUAGAGAAACCUUUAGAGACAGCUGGCUCAAGGAUGUUUGGUGCUUCCACUCCUCCUGGAAUUUAAAGGUGUUCUCAUCUUCUGAAGAAGCAGCCGUCUUUUGAGAAUGCCUGUGCUGAAUAGGUUUUUCAAUGUAUCAGACAAGGGUAGGCAGUGGAGCACUGAAGAAGAUCGGAUGCCCUUGUCCACAGAGAGCCUGCCCGUCUGUCAACAGGGAAUUCUAGCUUGGGAGUUGCCUGAGAAGUUCAGAAUCAUAAAGGUGAUCUGGAAAUCCAAAAAUGAGCUCACAGAGACAAAGAGGAGAGGAGUUCUGGAAAAUGAUGGAAGUCCUAAUGUUUUAUCAGGAGAUGCACGUCUGAGAGGUCAGAUAGGGGUUCUUUCUGAGCGACGUGGUUCCUACCCAUUCAUAGACUUCCGUCUUCUUAACAAUACCAUUUAUUCAGGAGAAAUUGGAACAAAGAAAAAGGUCAAGAGACUAUUAAGCUUUCAGAGAUAUUUCCAUGCAUCCCGGCUAUUGCGUGGAAUCAUACCGCAAGCUUCACUGUACUUACUGGAUGAAGACUACCUUGGGCAAGCAAGGCAUAUGUUAUCCAAGGUGGGAAUGUGGGAUUUUGACAUUUUCCUGUUCGACCGCUUGACAAAUGGAAACAGCCUGGUAACCUUGUUGUGCCACCUCUUUAAUGUUCAUGGGCUUAUUCAUCAUUUCCAGUUAGACAUGGUUACAUUAUACAGAUUCUUAGGUAUGGUGCAAGAAGAUUAUCACAGCCAAAAUCCAUAUCACAAUGCUGUCCAUGCUGCUGAUGUCACACAAGCUAUGCACUGCUACUUAAAAGAGCCCAAGCUUGCUAACUUCCUCACCCCUCUGGAUCUUAUGCUUGGAUUACUGGCUGCUGCAGCCCAUGACGUAGAUCAUCCAGGAGUCAACCAGCCAUUUUUGAUAAAAACUAAACAUCAUCUUGCCAGUUUAUACCAGAAUGUCUCUGUAUUAGAAAACCAUCACUGGAGAUCUACGAUAGGCAUGCUUCGAGAAUCAAGGCUACUUGCACAUCUGCCAAAAGAAGAGAGUCAUGAUAUUGAACAACAACUCGGUUCCCUGAUCUUGGCAACAGAUAUCAACAGGCAGAACGAAUUUUUGACCCAGCUGAAAGCUCAUCUAAAAAAUCAGGAUUUGAAAUUAGAGGAUGCUUCAGACAGGCAUUUUAUGCUCCAGAUGUGAGAUGCUCACGGAAUGGUUUCCAGCUGCUAAAAUUCAAAACAACUUACCACCUGUUAUUCCAGCAAAGUGGAACAACAUGGCCCCUGAUAUCUGCAUGGCCCCAACCCUGUUGAGCUUUCUCAAAACUGUAAAAACUUGCUUUUUCCAUCAGACCAGAGGGGUUGGAUGGAGGGUUUUGCUGUCCAGUGGUAGUUUGGUGGUGAAUUUGUUUGGAUUGUUUUCUUCCUGAUGUGCGCAUGGACUCCACUGGUUUUUAACUGUUAUUUACCUGAUGUUUUAACCCUAUGGUAUAAAUGGCCUAGAGUCACACGGUAAUUGAGGUGGAAAACAAGUGAAAAACAAAUAAAUAAAUGCUAUUUACAGCAGGCAAUAGACAUGGAGAAUAUAUACUAUAUAUAGCUCAGGGUUGAACUGAUGGAUUCUUUGUAUUCUCUGAAAUUGCUUUUCUUCUUGCAGAUAUUUUAUUGCCAGGUUAGAUAGCAUCAUCCAUGCAGUGAAAUGUCUGCAAGAAGACAAGCAAGCUUAGGGAACACCAGGGACCCAACAGAGCUGGAGUCACUGGGAUGGAAUGUGUAACAAACCCUGGAAAGCAAUGGAGGAAACAGGACCAUUGCAAAAGAGACACCUCAGCCCAGAGGAGGGGGGAAAUUGCAUGCUUCUGUAGGUGAUGACUCACUUUGGGCUGUGUUACCACCAACAGGUGUCAUGCAGCCAUGGCCAUGAUGACCUGCAUCAGUUAUGUUUGGCCCUUAAGGCCACAGAUAUUCAUCAUCCCUACUUCAGCUUCCUAGAAAUAGAGGCAGGAUAAUAACACGACCCUUAGAAAGUUAAUUAUUAAAUUAUGAGUCUGUUAUGAGUAAUGGCUAUACUCUACCCUUGAACUUCCUUUUGUUCUGCUGUUUCAUUUUCAGUGCUGUUAUGAGAUGAGAAAGAUUUUAUUGGAAAUCAUUUCACCCAGUAGAAUAGAGCAGAGUUGGGUGUUUCAGGAGUAACGAAGAGCUGGAUUAAAGUCAUAUGAAAAUAUCUGCCUUCAAUUACCCAUUGCAGUUUUAAAGUACCAACUAAUAUCGCAGUAAUGGGGUUCUCUCCCUCCCUCUCCCCCCCCCCUCUCUCCC